AGUUUAGAACGUCGUUUCAGUCGAGAGAGUAAACAAAGCUGUGCUGCACUAACAGUCUCCAUGCCAUGGCUGCGCUCUCGGAACCCGAGGUGAAGUUUUGGAUGGAUAAGGCAGUGCAGUGGGGGCAGGCUACAUCACCAUCUGCCCAACAGGACACCUGCAAACAUUUCCAUUCUCUAAGAAGCUUCCUUGAGCAGCUCCUACACAUUAUACAGACAAAGAGCUCCACCACCGAGGCCAUGAAGAGCCUUCCCUUUGUGGGCCAAUUACUGGGAAGACUUUGUUGGAACCCAUAUGUUACUGCAGAUGGAGAGAGCCGUGGGCUUUUGUUGCAGUGUGUGUCGUGUUUAUAUAGUGCAGAACCCCAGACUGCUGUGGAGCACAGGGCAAAUGAAUGGAUACGGAAUUUGCUGUGCCACUUAACGUCAGAGGAGCAGAACAGUGUAGGACAUGCUCUGGUGAAACACAUUGGCUCUAAACCUCAACAGUAUUAUUCAGAGACUUUUAAAAAGAUGGUGGCAUUAUUGACAAAGGAGGUCAGUGGGGCUUUUAUGCCUGUAGCACCACAUUUGGAAAGGUGUUCCUGUGACCAUAUCCGUACAGUAUCAGUAACCUGUGUCCCCUUGGUCACAUGUCCUGAGGCAGCCCCUCUGAUUGGUGCGCUGCUGAAGCGCCGUGCUUCGUGUUGCUGUUCUCAUCUCAGUGAAGAGUUCAUAGAGGUGGUUAACACAGCUUGGCUCAGUAAGAAGCUGGUGUUGGACGAUGUAGUGGUCACAGCUCUGUGGUGUCACAGCCUGUCCAGCUUGGAGGCAGCAGUGCUGAGCUUGCUGGAGAGUGUUCUCUCCGAGUCAAGAACUGUAAUACACAAUCUGGAGAAGGUUGUUUCUGACUCAUUACUCCCUAAAGCUUCAGCCCUGCACUGCCACGUCUUUCUAGUAGUGAAUGAUGUUUUUAGGCGGGCGUUGAGAGCAAUGGAAGGAAAUUUUGCUUUGAGAGCUCUUAUUCAAGUUUUUACCAGAUGCUUUCUUCAGGCCUACGCUGCCCAGAGCCCACAGGAAUGCUUACCACUGAGAGCUUACCUUCCUCAUGCACCCCACAACCUGCUUACACCCUUACUCACACUAUCCUCAGAUGUGCCACAACAAGCAUGGCUGGAGCACGUAAGCUGGAUUGGGACGUUACUUCAGAAACUCCCACUGGUAAAAAACCAAGAGCAGGAGCACGUAAAGGGGAUGGAAGUGGACAGUCUGAGGCAGAGCAGGGCUGUGUUCGAGGCCUGGUUCUUGCUUGUUCAGUGCGGACACUGGGUGGACGUAGUUGCCGAGCUACUGGUUUUAUUAGGGUCUGAGGAAUCCGAGCGUCUGCUCUUUCUCCUGACGUUUUACCACAAUCCAACCAACAGAGGGCACCAGAGCACCCAGCCUAAUAUGGUGGCAAGACAGGCAUGGAGUGAUUUAAGGAACCUCUUCCUUCCCCACACUGUCUCAAAUGAAGAACCUGUUAAAGACCUUCUUUCUUCCAUUCAUUCAGCAAAUCUGGUUCUUCAUCUUCUGCUCAACUUUGCUGUGUUUUCUCAAGCAUCAACCAGCAGUGUAACACAAGUCAUACCAAAGAUGCUGAUUAAAGCUGGUCUGAAGAGCAAGGCAGUGUGGCUGCUGCACUCUAUGCAGCAGAGACUAAACGGAGACACUGCACUGACUGCCACGCUCAGGAUGCUUGAGAACGGACUCAACACAGCGUAAUGCUUCGGGCUGCGCAUGAAUACUGGAACAUGCCCAAACGCAGGCGAGUGGUAAGCUGUUUAUUAGGACAAGGAUUCCUGGCGUGGUUCAGUUCCACACUGGCUUGUUGGAAAUGACAUUUAUAUGCAGAGCACAGCUGCUGGUUUUAUUUUGAAAGCUGAGGACAAUAUGUCAUGAUAAAUCAGGCCAAAUAAAAAAAAAAACCCACACGUCUAUAGCACACUAGUUACACACAGCCUCGAGAAAAGGAGUAGAGCCGGAGGUGAAAUCAUUUCAUGUGAAUUAUUUAUGUAUGAAGACAGAUGUAGAGUUACAGUUGUUGUACACUACAUGACCGAAGGUUUGUGGACAUCUCUUCUGGUUAUUAAAUUAAUGUGUAACACAUAUUACUGAACUAAUAUAAUAAAUAAUAUGCCUCCAACUAA